AUGUACGGGUCAAAUCAGUCCGAUCCCCAACCAGAAUGGCGACUGCCAGCGCGCCGUCCAAUACCGACUUCUGAAGCUCCACCACCGCAGCCUCCUCGUCCCCCGACAGGUGUAUACCUUCCGGCAAACUAUGGCCCAAUAUCCAAUACUACCCCCGUGCGGCCGAAUGUCUCUUCAUCACCCGUAUCCCCGUUAUCGGGAAUGACAGACCCCCGAUCAUGGGGGGUGCAGUACAACAAACAUACAAUUCACGCCCCUCCACCUUUGCCCCCUCGGCCAUCGAGCACCAACGAACGACCCAAUAUCUAUGCGCCGCCUCCGUCGCAACCGCAGCCGCAGUCGCAACCCCACUCGCCGGCCUUGAACCCCAAUAUACCACCGGCUUCACAUCAAGAAUUUGAAGCUUUUGCGGAUGCUCGGCCUCCAUCCGCAAACAGUAUCCCACCGCCGUAUAAUUUCCCGCCCCGGCAAGAUCAAGCGCAGACCCCGCAAUAUCAAACCCCGAAUGUGCCUCCGCCGCCGCCCAAAAUUCCCCAGGAUCAGCAUGCAGCGAGCCAGCAGAAUGAUCCACCCAGUCGACCUCCACUGCUCGCGCAGGGUGUUGGUCCAGCAGCGACACAAGGAUCCUACGGGCGUGCUACGGAUCCGAAUGCAACUUCUACAUUCGCAUCUGCGCUGGGCCCGGGAACACCUUCUGAUUGGGAACAUUUAGGCCCAACGGAGGGUGACUUUGAUGAUGCACCAUGGUUUCCGCCCAGGGAUCUUGCUCCUCCAUCACCGGAGACUAUUCAAACACCUCCAGGGUUUUCUACGGGGCUGUCUAGACCUAUGCCCAGCGUCUCCACGUCCCAGCCACAGCCCAAUUCCAAUCAACAGGCCUAUAGCCCCAUAUAUCAAACCCCGACACCGCAAAGGAGUGACUCUAUUUCGCCUGUCAGUUCCUCUACGGGAAAUAGGGUCCAUGCAGCGCCCAAUCGUAUGGACAGCGUCAGCUCCAGUAACACUUGGUCACAGCGUACGGAGAGUAUCGACAAUGUCAUUGAUGCAUGGGCUAAGCCCUUGGCCACUGCACCAAAGCCAGCUGGGUCCGACCAGGCUAGUUCGAUAUCCCACCUAGACCUCCACACUAAGAGUAAUCGAGGUAGUCCAGUGGAGACUCCGAAACACACACAAUCUCCAGCCCAGGAUACGGGACCGACCUUCACUACAGGUGUUGCAGAAGUGCGAGGCAAUGUUACAACCCAGCCCGUGGAUCCAUAUGAGGAUCUUGACCCAUGGUUCAAAUCCUCUCUGACGCGCUGCGUUGCGAUGCUGCGCAAAGAGGCGGUAGCAGACUCAGAUGAAGAGCGUUUCAAAAUAUUCACGGCUUUCAUGGCGAAAGAAACUAAGCUCCGAGAGAUUAUGUAUAAUAUUGAGCAUGAAUCUCCUGUCGUGCAGGAAGUCCGUUCCUCUAGAGCCCCGCAGCGAUCACCAACUCCUGAACGUACGCCAGCCGUUGAGUCUGGGCUGAUCCCCGUGGAGACUGAACAAGUCGAAUCACCUACCAAGAUCACCGAGGACGCAAAUGAUGACGAUGGUACAGGGAGUGAGUACAGUGCAGGUGGUCGUCCCGUCAUUGGCAAAGUCGGGCGCGGUUCAUCACAGACGCCCAAGAUUUCGCCAUCUUCGGAGGAAAUGCCAAAACCUCCUGCUCGGACUUACUCCCUGCAUCUUUCAGAAGAAAAGCCGCCUUUGGAGCCCCUUACAACGGAGCCUCCACGGCCAAUCUACACCCCGUUCCAAUACACCGAGGGUCCACAACGUGGCUCGGAUAAUUUGACAUUUGCGCGCCCUGCCUAUCAGGCUUAUUCUGAUCUACGACAAGCAUCGGCGAGUGGACGUGCGAUGUCAAGUGUCCUGCCAGAGUCUGCUCCAUUGACUACGUCCGCAUCUGCGUCUGAACGAGAUGAGACUUUUAUUGGUCUUAUCCGGCAUAAGAGUAAUGUCUACCAGGCAAACAAUCGGCGGAACGCUACCCCACUUCCAUUGCUGCCGGAAUCACUCAGGCAAGGACGAAAGGAAGACUUGGUUGAGGAUUUACGUGCAAUGGUUCGGACGCCUUUAGACAAGCAACCAGCCAGUUCGUGGCUCAUUGCAACUCGGGAGAGCCUUACGAAAUUUUCCGGUGAUCUAUCCUACGUUCAAAAGUCCAUUGAUGACUGGGAACAGGCCGCUACGGCCCGUCGACGGAAACUUGAUCAUGAUCGUACAAUGCGACAAGACCAAUCGGAGGCCGAGAUCGAUACACUCUUCAAUGAAAAAGAAAUUGGCUAUGCCGAUAUCAAUACUCUAGAGGAGAACUUCCGGCAGACUGAGGCCCGGACUCAGCUUGAUGAGGAACGGAAGGAAGUAGAUGAUUUCAUGUCCCAGGUUUUUAAUCCUGUGGACGAACGUCUAAAGGAUGAAAUCUCGGCACUUCGCAAGUCCUAUGAAUCCACACUGGACCAGCUUGAUCAGGACCAGAAAGGGAAGAGUACUACUGCUGGUCGACACAGUCCAUCUGUCACCAUGAAAAUGGUCUAUGAAAUCCACAACCAGCUCGAGAUCCGGUUCCAAAAGCGUCUCGAACUUGCACUGGAUUGUGAGCGACGGCGAAAGCGGGCCGAGCGUCGUCCUCUUGUGUUCAUGGGGGACAUGGGCAGCCUUCGACAGCUCGAUGGUGACUUUGACCUGAUGGAAAAACGGAACAUUUUGGAAGCCGCCAAGGACCGCGACGGGCGCGCCAACCAACUUAUGGAUUCCUUCGACGAUGCCAUCUUGCACGGCUUAGGUAUGAAUCAAAGCCUUCUGGACGAGCUUUCGUCGAAAGCAGCCCGCCUCGACCCUACGAAACUCCGUGCCUCGGGUCUACCCGAUUCUGAAGUCGAACAGAUUCUCAAGUCGGCGGCAACCUUCGCCGAGUCGCUUCGUGCCGACUCUGAGGCGAUCCUUCGCACCUCGGGAGUCGCAGAGAAAGCUCUCAACGAUGCCGAUUACGCCGUUUCCGUUGCCGAAGCGCGAUAUGCAAACUCGGAACCGGAUAUCUUCGAGCGCCUCCAAGCCGAAAAGAAAAAAGAGGAUGCAAUGCUCGACCGUGACCUGGAGUCCAAAUUGCAAAGUAUCCAGAAGGGUCCUCAAUCCCUUGAUGCCACUAUUCAGCGACUUAUUCGGGAUCUGGCAAAGAACCCCAGAGCUGCGGUUCCAUCUGUGGUCAUUGAGGAAGCGAGUCCUGUGAGUCAGUCUGUCAGUUUGUCGUCCCUGGAACUACCGUUGGAACUUCGCCCGGCCACUGUAGCUUCUCAGACCCCGGCACAACCUCCUUCGGAUCUAAAUUCAGAGCACCAAGAGAGAUUACGUAGGGCAUUGGAGAAUGCAAAGAAGCGCAACGCGGCCAAAUCUAGCCAUUGA